AUGGAUACCCAGGAUUUUGGAAUGCUCCACGCGCCGCAUGGCGCUGGACAAGAUCCUCUGGAAAAUAUGGAUGUGCAGGAGAAAGGCGCGUUCGACGCCUUGAUCCGGCCGGACGACAGCUACACCGCGGACGGCACAUACUGGGCGGACCUCUCCCUCUUCAAGAAAAUUAAGUUUGUGAGCUCAUACGAUGCGGGGGAGGCCAAGCGGGAACUUGGCGGAAUCUGGGAAAUGUUCAAGGCCGAUCCUCUGUCGCCAAUGUCGUAUUACUUCCAGAAUAUGGUCCUUCCCGGUGCUGGUCUGGGCUUGGAAGGUUACGUCCUCUUCUCGAUCGGAAACUUGAAACCCCUCUUUCAAGCCGCCUUCGCCUCAUGUUGGGACACCAGCUACGAAGGCGAGCGAAUCUGCAACACGCAAUGGCUCAACGCGAUCGAAUACCUCGAGAUUUGCGGUAUUAUUGUCGGUCAGAUCCUGGUCGGAAUCGUGGGUGACUGGCUCGGUCGACGAUGGGGUCUGAUUCAAGACGCGGCGAUCAUGUUUCUCGGUCUUAUUAUGCUUACCGCGGCCUGGGGUGUUACCCAAAACGGCUGGGUGAUUUGCUACGCUUGGUCUCUGUUUUUCUACGGUAUCGGCGUUGGUGGUGAAUAUCCCAUGACUGCCACCAGUGGUAUGGAGAACGCCGUCGGAUCUGGCAAAGUUUCUACCAAGGAGGACCGUCUGCACCGUGGCCGCAAAGUCACCAGCGCUUUCUUGAUGCAGGGCUGGGGCCAAUUCUUCAACCAGGUUUUGCUCAUCAUCCUGCUGCUUUGCUUCCACCACGGCAGCGGCAACCCUGAUUACUCUACCGUUUCUGCCCAGUGGACCUACCGUGUUUCUUUCGCGAUCCCCGCUGUCGGUACUCUGUGGCUUGUCUACUACCGUACCUACCACAUGAAGUCUGCCAGUAAGCAACUGCAGGCCGCGAAGAAGAAGUCGUCUGUGACUGGUUACGACGUGGCCUCGCUCAAGCUGACCUUCCAGCACUUUGGAUUCCGUCUUGUCGCAACCACCGGCGCCUGGUUCGCCAACGAUGUUUUCUUCUACGGCAACAAGCUGUUCCAGUCCGAAUUUAUCAAGGUCAUUAGCCCUGCGUCGACCUCCAUUAUGCCCGGUUGGCUCUGGAACUUGGUCAACGUUGGAGUCUCUCUUUGCGGUUACUACAUGGCUUCGUUCUUGAUCGACAACAAGCUGUAUGGUCGCAAGUGGAUGCAGAUCAUCGGUUUCCUCAUGGACUUUAUUCUCUUCGUCGUCCCUGCCUUCCACUUUGAGUACUACACCUCUCCGGAACACAUCAAGGAAUUCCAGGCGAUGUACUUUUUGAGUUCCUUCUUCAACCAGUUCGGCCCCAACUCGGUUACCUUCCUGGUUGCCGCGGAGGUUUUCCCUACACCCAUCCGUGCCACCGCUCACGGUAUGUCCGCCGCCGCCGGUAAACUCGGUGCCCUCCUUGCGUCCGUUCUUUACAACUACAUCGACACGCAAACCAAGUUCUACGUCGUUCCGUGGUUCGGUCUUGCCGGUGUCGUCCUGACCUUCUUUUUCCUCCCCGACACCACUGGUCUUGACCUCAAGGAGCAAGAGCGCCGCUGGAAGUUCAUCCGUGAAGGUCGCGAGCAUGACUACCACGGCCCCGCCGUCCACCCCAAGCACCUUUCCCUCUGGGAACGCCUCCGUGGUACGGGCAAGCAUUACGAUGCCGAGCUUGACUACAAGCAGAAGGUCGAAGAGUACCGCCUCGAGUGGGAAGCCGUCAUGUCCGCCAGGGUCUCCGAGAAGGAUAAGAACGCCGAGGAGGAAGGCGAUGACGAACUCAUGACCGGCCACGUCAACAACUACUUCUACCGCACAAGUCCCAUGUUCCGCGGAAUGGAGGCGAAGCCCAGCAAAGGUGAUGACUUUGCGCUUCCUCCUGCUGCGCGGUCGGACGAUUCGACGGAGAACUCUAUUCAAGAAAACUAG